AUGGUUCUCGCUGACUUGGGCCGGAAACUCAAUGCGGCCCUCUCGUCGCUCAACAGAGCAUCCCUGGUCGAUGACAAGGUGCUCGAUGCAUUACUGAAGGAAGUGUGUGCCGCACUCCUCGAGUCUGACGUCAACGUCAAGCUCGUUUCGCAACUUCGCCAAAAGGUCAAGGCAAAAGUCAAAGCAUCACUGGAGAGUAGCGGUGAUAAGGUGAAGGAAGUUAAUAGGAAGAAUGUCGUUCAGAAGGCUAUCUUCGAUGAGCUCGUCAACCUCGUCGACCCAGGAGUAGAGCCUUAUAAGCCUCGAAAAGGUCACCCAAAUGUUAUCAUGGCCGUUGGCUUGCAGGGCAACGGUAAAACUACAACAUGCACAAAGCUCGCCGUUCACUACCAAAAGCGAGGGUUCAAAUCAUGUAUUGUUUGUGCGGAUACGUUCCGUGCUGGCGCCUUCGAUCAGACUCGACAGUCCGCCACGAAGGCGAAAGUGGCGUACUUUGGUUCUUACACGGAAACGGACCCCGUCUCUAUCGCUGCCCAGGGUGUCGCAAAGUUCAAGAAGGAGAAGUUCGAGGUGAUCAUCGUGGAUACCUCAGGUAGGCACAAGCAGGAGGGAGAGCUUUUCGAGGAGAUGGUGCAAAUCGGGAAGGCCGUGAAACCAGAUAUGACAGUGCUGGUUAUGGAUGCGAGUAUCGGUCAGGCGGCUGAGGCUCAGAGUAGCGCUUUCAAAGAGAGUGCAGACUUUGGCGCAAUCAUCGUCACCAAAAUGGACGGCCACGCCAAGGGCGGAGGAGCCAUCUCAGCAGUUGCCGCAACCAAAACUCCUAUCAUCUUCCUGGGAACGGGAGAGCAUCUCACCGAUCUAGACAAGUUCUCACCUCAACCCUUCAUCUCGAAACUUCUGGGCAUGGGUGACGUCCAGGGCCUCAUGGAACACAUGCAGGACCUCGCCACUCAGAAUCCCGAUCGUCAAAAGGAGAUGGCGAAGAAGUUGGAGGAAGGAAAGCUCAGUAUUCGAGACUGGCGGGAACAGAUCCAGAAUGUCAUGAACAUGGGCCCGAUAUCGAAGAUUGCUUCGAUGAUUCCCGGUCUUCCUCAAGACAUGCUGGCCGGCACGGACGAGGAGGGUUCAAUGCGCAUGAAGCGAAUGAUCUACAUUACCGACAGCAUGACCUCCGCCGAACUGGAUUCCGAUGGUUCUCUUUUCUUGGAGAUGGGAAAGGACGGCAAGCCCGUGGACUUGACAUGGCGUGUCACACGUGUGGCGAGAGGAAGUGGCACGAGCGUGCGUGAAGUCGAGGAGCUGCUCUGUCAGUACCAGAUGAUGGCCAAUAUGGCGAAACAAGCUGGCGGAAAGAACGGUUGGCUAUCGGCGAUGCAGAAGAUGCAGUCAGCGGCCGGUGGCCGCGGGCGCGGUGCUAAUGGGAUGCCUACGCAAGCUCAGAUACAGGCGAUGCAGCGCGCAAUGCCUCCCGGGAUGUUGCAGAAUAUGCAGAAACAGAUGCGUGGUGGAGGUCUGCAGGAAAUGAUGAAGACCUUGAUGCAGAGCCAGGGCGGCGGAGACAUGGACAUGGAAGAGAUGCAACGGAUGAUGUCUCAAAUGGGUGGCGGAAUGGGAGGGCUUGGAGGACUCGGAGGACUGGGUGGCGGUAUGCCCAACAUGGCAGACAUGUUCAAGAUGAUGGGCGGCAUGGGCGGGGGAUCAGGAGGCCGAUAG